AUGGCUGCCCGCAUGGUUAGGCGUGGACCUAAUAUCUUGUAAGAGAACGUGGUUGUUUGAAUGCAGGUUCACAGAUACAUCUGAGCUUCGAGAUGACGAGAUCACUCCUGGUGUUGUGUUUUAUUUGGUCAAAUCUGGUACUGCCAGUUCAUGGAGAUGGAUACCCUCCAGGCCAUCUACUGCCCCUAGGGAGCCACAUGCCUCCAGAGACAGGGAUACCAAUGAUGGGCAAGUUUCCAUCCCCAUGGGUAUUCUAUGAUGAAUUCGUAAAGAAGUCACAGCCUUUGGUAAUGAGGAAAGUCCUGCUGAACAAUGAUAUUCCUGCUUUUCAGAAAUGGACAGAUGCUUAUUUAAGUGAUAUCUUCGGCCAUGUGCCAGUGGAAGUUGAGAGUAAUAAGAAGGAAGAUAGAGAGAAUGGAACCAUGUGGCACAUGACUUUGGAAAAAUACAUCAGUGUAUAUAAAAAACUGAAUGGCUACCUGGUCACAGAUUUACCAGAUUCAAUGAAAGUGGACCUGAAGGUGCCCUUGACCUUACAGUGUGGCGGUUUCCAGGACAACCUGCAAAGCAUCAUCAUGUGGUUCAGUAGUGGCGGUACCAAGUCCCAUCUUCAUAACGAUGGCCUGGACAACAUUAACUGUGUCUUGGAUGGCACUAAGGAAUUGGUCCUCAUUGACAAGAAAUAUGAUUAUAUGGUAGAGGCAGAUGGCUGGAUGGAGGACGGUGCCUUCAGCCGAGUUAAUGUGGACAGAGUUGACAUGCAUGAGUUCCCUAAUUUACAAAAAGUCCCCUGGCACAAAGUUGAGGUCAACAAAGGCGACUGUCUAUUUAUUCCAUUUAGGUGGUUCCACCAUGUGCACUCAUUACCUGGUCGUAACUUGGCCUUGAACUUCUGGUUCCAUCAUCGGAUGUGGUAUAAUACUUCCCAGUGUGAAGACAUGGACCCCUACACAGCCUCUCCCAAACCCCUGGUGCAGUUUAAUUUCCCACAGCCUAUUGAAGAAGCCAGGAGCUUACUACUAGAGUCAAUGGAGGGAAAAGAAAGCAUCACGAGAGAAGAUUUCUCUACGCUGUUUGGUACUGAUGUGAAGGAUAAAGAUGAGAUAAAUAAGUGUUUUGCGAUUAUUGAUGAGGACAAAAACGAUUUACUUGAGUGGCCUGAAUUAUACAAGUUUAAUUUAAGCGAGAUGGUCAGGGACUUCCCUGACUUGUUUCCUGCUAUGAACCUGGAACAUGAUGAAGAAGAUGAGGUAGAACAUGAACAAUCAGACGCUGAUGGACCAGGAGAAAGUGACUUUAUCGUUGACGAUGAUGAUGAUGAUGAUGAUGAUGAUGAUGAUAAAGAAAAAGAAAAAGAAAAAGAUCUCAAAUUUGCAGAAGAGGGAAAGGAAGAUGAAGAUUUUAGAAAUGAAAUGUAUUCUGAAAAACAAACAUCAAACGAAUUUCAAAGCGAGACAAUUGACAAUUUUGAGGGAGGGAUACAUAUACACCAUGUAAAACAUGAAAAGGAGAAGGUGGAAGUGAAAGUAGAAACGGAUCCCAAAAAAAUGAAACACGAGGAGCUGUAGCUAACAGUUGUUGGAAAUAGGAAAAAGUGCCAUAAUAACAUAUUUACCUCACUUGAUCUAAAGAUUGAGUGCGUAUUUUCUCAAAUUAAAAAAAUAUUCGGAUCAUUUGAAUUUGCAUUGAACUGUAAAACUAAUCCUCUGUGGAAAAUGAAGUUAGAAAUUGCUUCGAAAAUGACUAAAUUGUGGUAGAAAAAAAUAGGUUAUGUAUGAUGUGGCAGAAUAUUAUGGAAGUGUUGUGAUAAACCUUUAUUAUUGAACAGCUAGCUGGAAUGUUGAACUCAUAUUGAAUAAUAUCAUUUUUCUACAUAAAUAUUGAUUAUUGUGCAGCCAACUUUAAUAUAGAACAAACUCAUAUUGAAUUGUCUCCUCUAUACACACCCAAGUCAUUCAAAAACCAGUACAUUCCAUUGAUGUUACCUUGUACCAUAGCAUUUGCUUUUUUUUCAAUUUCUUGCUUUUUUUUGCUUUUUUUAAUUUUUUGUUAUUCAAAUUAUUAUACAGGUUGUGAGGUUUGUGUGAUAUAAAAUCAACCUUGACAAUUGUCGUUGAGAUUUUUGUUUGUUAAUUGGAACCAAAUACAUCCAAUAUAGGUAAUGUUUAGAUAAUAAACAUCUGUUGCUUCUAUUGUUUAUUUUAUAUUGAGAACAAUGUGACACUCUAAAGUUGUGUUCAUCUUUUAAUUUGACUAAAAUCAUUACUAGAAAUGUCAAGUUUUCAUAUAUUUGUAAAAUUCUGGACAUAAAUCUGGAGUACCAGUGUGGUUUCAUAUUUCACUUGCCUAAGUAAAACUACUAUACAUGGAUGUGUUGACUGGGUCAGAUUGCUAAAAUUGUCCAGAAAAAAAUAUGAAUUUUAAUAGGUUCAUCUGUACCCGAGUAUUUUUAAACACCUGUCAUAAAAUUUGACGGGAUGCAAUAUGGUAUGACUCUGUGCGGCCAUCAUAGAAUCACAAUGUUGUGUUUUCUACACAGUAUUUUGAUUUAGCAAAUUUUGAAAGCAUUGUUACUGUUUAUUUCUUUAGCAUUUGAAUUUUGUACGGAGAUCUCUUUCCUGAGUUUUUCACCAAUUCUCUGUAUAGCCGUUACAUGAAAUUGUAUUGUGAUUUUACAAGCUUUUGGAAGAGUUGUUGCCAUCAUUUUUUUUCAACAACACUUUCAUCCUGAAAAGAUAUGUGAUUUUGUUCCAAUGAACAGCAUUUUUAUCCAACACUUUCAGUUUUCCACUCAUCUGUUUAUAACUUGGUACACUAAAUUGCUUUAUCAUUAAAACAUAUCAUUGAUUUCCACCUAGACGUUGUGACUCAUUAUCACCAUUUCUGUAUUUGUAUUCUUUUUGAUUCAAUAAGUCAUCAAUAUUUCUCUGACAUUGGACGAGAUUAUAGAGUUCUGUCACAAUAUUCUUGUUCAAUGUGGGAUGUUGAAGUCAUUUAAGAUAUGAUUGACUUAACAAGUGGCCUGACCAUUACUUUUUUUAUCACAGAAAUUGCAAUAGUUCUGUACUGCGAUCAUGAAUUUGAUAGAUUAAAUUCUAUGCAACUCUCUUAUCAAUUUUAGUUCUUGUAUUGUACUUAUGAAAGGUGAAGUGAUUUCUAUAUUCCUAUACAUUUAUAUAAAUCUUACUCUAUUUUUGUUAUCAAUAUA